AUCUCCCAAUGUCCACAAAGAACCCGUUGCCUUUCACGGGCUUUCCAGCAGGCGUCCUCUGAGCCACCUGGGGGAACGGUCCAUUCAGCUUCCGCUUCCGGGAGGAGAGUGCGCAGGCAGUUUCGGUUGUCUGGAAGGCAGGCAGGGAGUCUCGCGGCAUGCGCGCUUUUGAGUUGGGACGGGUCUGUGGGCAGGUCUUACAGAGGCACAGUUUUGUUUCCUUUGCCUGUCACUGUAUCCAGUUGUCAUCUUUGAAUUCAUCCCCUAUUGGCUUUCCUUGGUCUCUUCAGUGCCUGGGGUGCAGAUUGGUUGGUACCAGUUCUGAUCAAAGUGAAAUGAGCUUGUGCCUUGCUAGCUCCAACCCAGAUAGCAGUGAUGGUCCUCAAAAGUUCCUGGAGAUUUCUCCUACAGAGCACCAGAGACCAGUUGACCACAGCCACCCCAGGAAGAUGGUUGAUUCAUUCUUGGACAUGGGGUUCAGUCAUGUUCAAAUAAAGGAGUUGUUCAGUAUGCAGCCCAGGCUACCUUCUCAGGCUAGGGUGGCUGUAGUUUCUGAACUCCUCCUCCUGGGUUUAAGCACUGAUUCCAUAUUGAAAAUCCUACAAAAGAAUACUGAACUGCUGAGAAUGCCAUCAAAGCACCUAAAGGAUCGUGCAGAUUUUCUGAGGAAACUGAACUUUAAGGAAGGUAGUCUGAAUCACAUUGUGAUUAACUGUCCAAGCAUCUUCACCUUACCCCAAAGGAGAAUUGAGGCCAUAAAGAAUCUCCUCAAGGAAAAAUGUCUCUUCACGGUUCAGCAAGUAUCUAAAAUUCUACAAACAUGCCCAAAUGUCCUGCUAGAAGACCUGGAUGAUCUAGAAUACAAAUUCCAGUUUGCCUAUUUCAGGAUGGGAGUUAAACACAGGGAAAUAGUGAACUCUGGUUAUUUCCAGUCAUCGCUGGCUGAGAUCAAGAAUCGAUCCAUCUUCUUAGAGCGCUUGGGACUCUAUCAAACACCUGAUAAGAAGGGACAGACCCAGGUUAUGAACCCCAAACUGAAAACCUUAAUCAGGGCUUCUGAAAUUGACUUUGUGACUAAAAUAGCCAGCUCUACAAUUGAGGAGUAUGAGAUUUUUAAGAAAUUACUGGCCCGUGAAGAAGAACAGAAGUGGAAUGAGGAUGGGACAUUGAAAGUUGAACUUUCAGACAUAGAGAGUGAUGAAGAAUCAGAUGCAGAAUGAUUUGAAAUUAAAUGGAUGCAAUUUA